AUCCCACCCCUUCUCUGUGUUUUCACUCUGAAGCUCUACACAACUUUACACCUGAAUGAACGCCAAACCUCAGUGGAUAUAUAAAGGGAACCUUGAGGAGGAAUUUCACAGUUACAGUGCAGAAGCAGAGGGAAAGGAAUUAACCAGCUCUCCAGCCAAGCAAAUCCUCUACUCACCAUGCUUCCUCCUGCCAUUCAUUUCUAUCUCAUUCCCCUUGCAUGCAUCCUCAUGAAAAGCUGUUUGGCUUUUAAAAAUGAUGCCACAGAAAUCCUUUAUUCACAUGUGGUUAAACCUGUUCCAGCACACACCAGCAGCAACAGCACGAUGAAUCAAGCCAGAAAUGGAGGCAGGCAUUUCAGUAACACUGGACUGGAUCGGAACACUCGAGUUCAAGUAGGUUGCCGAGAACUGCGUUCCACCAAAUACAUCUCUGAUGGCCAGUGCACCAGCAUCAGUCCUCUGAAGGAGCUGGUAUGUGCUGGUGAGUGCUUGCCCCUACCUGUGCUCCCCAACUGGAUCGGAGGAGGCUAUGGAACAAAGUACUGGAGCAGAAGGAGCUCCCAGGAGUGGAGGUGUGUCAAUGACAAAACACGCACCCAGAGAAUCCAGCUGCAGUGCCAAGAUGGCAGCACGCGCACCUACAAAAUCACAGUGGUCACCGCCUGCAAGUGCAAGAGAUACACACGGCAGCACAAUGAGUCCAGUCAUAACUUCGAGAGCAUGUCGCCUGCCAAGCCAGCCCCACAUCACAGAGAGCGGAAAAGAUCCAGCAAAUCCAGCAAGCACAGCAUGAGUUAGAAUUCAGACUCUCUAAACUGGACUGACUAGUAACCAUCUGCUUUACAGAUUUGAUAGCUUGGAAGACUCAAGCCUGGCACUGCUAUUUUCUUACUUGGAAAUAUAUGCUUUCUGCUUUGAUCAAACCCAGCAAGCUGUCCUAAGUAUCAGGAACUUCUUUGGGAAUAGCUUUUCCUUUUCAAGUUUUUCAAGAUGUGUGCAUUUCCAUGAGUGUGAUUUGCAUUUAAAUUCCACGCAUCCUGCAGUACUUAAUUCCUCAUGGUUCUUGAAAGACUGGUGAUACUAUACACAUCACUGAACCUUUACUUGUCAAAACAGAAAAGGGCUUCUCCGCUACCCUCCAUUUCCCAAACCAUUUUUCCCCACCUACCCAACAAAACUUCUUCAAAAUCAAAAAGUUAAAGGUGCUUUUUUGAUGAUCUUCAUGGGAACAAUUUAGCAGCCAAGAAUGAUCUCCCUUUGAAAGAGUGAAAGACCUUGUGACAUUUCACUUCAAAAAUAAGCCCUGUAGCUUUUUACAGUCUCAUAGUAUGAAAUUAUACCCUGCAUGCUGACCCUCGCUUGGAAUGGAAUGCCAGAAAUGCAUGGCAGCAGCUAAUAAGUAAAGCUGAUUAACUAUUUAUUUGUCAAAGUUAUUAUUUAAUGAGCUUUCACGUGUGAUUUUUUUUCAAAAUGUUAAUUUUUUAUGUUUUGAAGCUUUUUCAUGUACCUAAAUAUUUUCUUGUAUUAUUUGUGGUUGAUCUAGAAAUAUGACAAUACAUGCUGUAGAUAUGUAAAAUAAAUAUUUUAGUCUCCUUA